AUGGCAUUCAACGAUGAGUAUGAAACCUUUGCGCUUGGCGACUGGAGCCUGCAGAGCGGAGAUAUUAUCCCAAACGCUCAUAUUGCUUUCAAGACGUUUGGCGACCCAAAGUCCCCAGCAAUAGUCUAUCCAACCUGGUACUCCGGUCUGAUAUCCCACAAUUUCUGGCUAGUCGGAGACGACAAGCUUCUGAAUCCAGCCAAUUACUUCAUUAUCAUCCCGGCUCUCUUUGGCAACGGUCAAUCAUCUUCGCCGUCAAACACGGGUAUCAGGCCGUUUCCGCGGGUGUCGUUUUAUGAUAAUGUCAAGGCCCAGUAUGAGCUCGUUACAAAGCAUUUCAACAUCAAGCAUCUUCGAGCAGUCGUGGGUUGGUCCAUGGGAGCUGGCCAAUCCUUCCAAUGGGCCAGCCAAUACCCUAACUUUAUGGACUUGAUCGUUCCCUUUUGCGGCUCCGCGAAGACUUCCUUGCACAAUCAAGUGUUCCUUGAAGGCCUCAAGAGUACGCUAUUUUCAUCCAAAAGGUUCAUAUCUUCGCUGUCCGCAGCAAAUGGGCAAGCAUUAGAUGGUGGAUCUUACCGUCAAUGGACACCCGACGAACGCGAAGCGGGGUUGAAAGCCUUUGGUAGAGUAUAUGCCGGUUGGGGUUUCAGCCAGGCAUUCUACCGCGAGCGAUUGUAUGAAACAACGCUUGGGUAUAAAGAUCUCGAAGAUUUUAUGGUGAACUUCUGGGAGCGUCAUUUUGCCCCGAAAGACCCCGACGAUCUACUUGUUAUGUUGGAUACAUGGCAGAAAGGAGACAUCUCCCAGCAAGCCCCGUAUAAUGGCAAUUUCGAAAUGGCCCUGAAAGGGAUCAAAGCCAGGGCUCUAAUUUUGCCAGGAAAAACUGACCUGUAUUUCCCAUUGGGCGGGCGGACCUGGAGAUAG